CCCCUGCCCCCCCGCCCCCUCCACUCGCCGGAAUCCACCUGCCGGCGGUGUCUCCGACGAAGCGCCCGAGGCUUCCCCCUCCCCCUUCGUUUUCGGUUCGCGGGCGUUGAAUCGGCUGGGGCUUCAAUUGGGGAGGGGCUUUAGGGUUUCCGAUUCUGGGUUUUUUGGGUGACCAAUCGAGCGGCCUAUGGCUGGAGGGCGCAAGAAGGGAGCGAGCAAGGACAAGAGUAAGCGUCAGUUGAGUUUGGGCGAUCUCGUUCUUGCCAAAGUCAAGGGCCACCCUGCUUGGCCUGCCAAGAUUAGCAGGCCAGAGGAUUGGCACCAGACCCCUGACCCGAAAAAGCACUUUGUGCAUUUCUUUGGAACACAAGAGAUAGCUUUUGUUGCUCCUGUGGAUAUCCAAAUAUUCACUAGUGAGACGAGGACUAAGUUGGCGGCUCGAUGUCAAGGUAAAACAGUCAAGUACUUUGCCCAAGCUGUUAAGGAAAUAUGCGCUGCGUUUGACGAGUCACAGAGAGAACAGUCAACUAGUAUGAGAGGCGACACUGAUGCAUCUGACCAGGGGUUUGAAGUUGCUACUAAUGAUGGCUUAGAGCAGGAAGGGGCAGAGGUUGAUGCAAGCAUUGGACCUGAUCCAUAUGGAAGCAUUGAAGAAACAGGCAAUGAGGACAGCUGUGGUGUGAGCUUAAAGUUGGCGACCUGUCGUCCUGAGCAACAUGAAGGUGAUCAUCAUGAUGUUAAGCCUACUACAUCAUCCCAUGAUGAUGGUGACUCGUCUCCUAGGGUUUUCCGUAGGAAGAAAGAAAAAGUAAAGGAUAGCCUGCAGUCAAAGGAGAAGUUAAAGUUCAAUAUAGAUGAAAAUUCUCGCUCCACUAAUCAGGAUUCUGUUAGUUGCACAAAGCAGCUUGGUGGUGGAUGCAGAGCAUUGGCAAAUGGGCAUAAAGGAGAAUGGGCUAGCGGGACAGCAAGCAUAUUGAAGAAAACAAGUGAAGAACGUAAAAUUAAUCGCACUCCUGUGACAUCAAUGAAGGAAGCUGGCUACUCUGGUGGUGCAAGUCAUCUUGAGCAAUUUAAAGGUCAAACCAAAGGAAAAGUGGUCUCUGGUGGCAGUAGAGAAGGAUUUUCUUCGGAUGCAGGAAAACUAGACUUGGGUGUGCCUGUUAUGAGGAAGCCCAAAAAAACGAAAAAAUUGGAAAAGAAUUUUGAGGAAGCAGAUGGCGAAGCAGAGAUAGAGACAAACUCUGAGGAUGAGGAUGUGCUAUUGGGGGAUAGGGAGUUUGUGCUUGCACUCAAAAAACCUAUUUCAGGGCUUAAUGGUGCUCUACAUCCUCACAAAGAUUUGAAGCAUGAAGAUACAGGGUUGGAUGCCAAGGGACAUUUCAGAAAAAGCAUGGACAAAACUUCUUCAAGUCCUAAUGUUUACGGUGAAAAAGUAAUUAAACAGUUUGAGGAUAAAAAGUUUGUACUGCAUGCGAGAGAAGGCGAUUUAAUUUCGAAAGGGGAAGUUGGUAUUGUACGAUCUGGCAGCUCUGGUGAUGAAACUGUCCUACCACUGACAAAGCGGCGUCGCAGGGCAUUGGAAGCUAUGUCUGAUUCUGCUAAUUCAAGCAUUGAUGAAAAAGAGGAAAAGCAUCGUUCACUAAUGAAAAAUAACGCGCCUUCUAGAAGCAUUGAAAAUUCAGUUAGUAGGACACAAAAGAAACGAAGAGCUGUUUGCCUUUUUGAAGAAGAGGAUGGUGAAAAGCCUAAAACUCCAGUUCACGGGGGAUCUUUCAAGAAUGUUAUGAUUACGUCGAAGAUUCUUGGAAAUACUAAGGCUAGCGAGGUACGCCAUGGGGGCUCGAAUGCGGCACAGGAAAAUGCUAAAAAUGUAGCUGGAGUCGAAGAUGGCAAACAAAAGAAAACAUCGGAGGCACAUGAAAAGAUUUUAUCUCCUUAUAAGGCAAAUGUGUCUGAGAAGAGAUCUAAACUGGAAAUAUCUUCUCAUGUCUCUAGUAGUCCAACGAAAUCAGAAUUUGAGCAGACAUCACUUCAGAAUGUUGAAGCAAACCUAAUUUCUCCCAAGAAGUCUCCCCGAAUUCUUCCAGUUACCAAACCAGUGCUAGAGCAGCAGAAACCUAAUAAACACGUGGUUAAGCUAGCUAAUAAUGGAACACAAAGACAGGCUUCAUUUGGUUCAGAUAAGAGUUCAGUGCGGAGCUCCGAUUUGUCAAAAAGUUCCCAAAUUCAUGCUACGUCUCAAAGAAAUAAGGCAGCUUCCUCUGCAGAAAGGUUGAAGAGUACUCCCAGAACAAACACAAGGACAGGCGACUCAUCCUCUCUGGCAGAUAGUGGCACUGAGUGGAAUGGUCUGCAAGAUGAAAGGACUGCUGAGUCUGCUACGUCUAUGAAGCAUCUCAUUGCUGCUGCUCAGGCAAAACGAAGACAAGCUCAUUCACAAAAUGUCUCUUUUGCCAACUCUAGUUUUCCUACUUUUUCUUACCCCGAUGCACAAGGACCGAGUCCUAGCCCCUCUGCUGUUCAGCAUUUUAUGCCUGCCUCCAGCAGCUUGAUGCCAUCAGAACCACGGGGAAUGAAUCAUCAGAAGAGUUUGACUUCUCCAUCUACUCUUGUUCCUCUUUAUGGAUCACAGAAUCACAUCGAUGCUGAAGAUGCUGAAGAUAGAAGAGUUAGUUCUGCGCAAAGGCAUCCCUUGGGCUCACUGAGUGGUGAUACUGAUGCAGCUGUUGCACGUGAUGCUUUUGAAGGUAUGAUAGAAACCUUAUCGAGGACUAAAGAAAGCAUUGGACGUGCAACUCGGCUUGCAAUCGAUUGUGCCAAGUAUGGAAUUGCCCAUGAGGUUGUGGAACUUCUUAUUCGGAAAUUGGAAAGUGAGCCUAGUUUCCAUAGAAGAGUGGACUUGUUUUUUCUUGUUGAUUCUAUUACUCAAUGUUCGCAUAACCAGAAAGGUAUUGCGGGAGCAUCGUACAUUCCUACUGUUCAAGCAGCUUUAUCGCGUCUUCUUGGAGCUGCUGCGCCACCUGGAGCUGCUGCUCGUGAAAAUCGCCGCCAAUGUCUCAAGGUUUUACGGUUGUGGCUUGAGAGGAAGAUCUUGCCUGAAUUUAUUCUUCGGCAGUACAUGGAUGACAUUGGAGUGUCGAAUGAUGAAACAACUAGUGGAACCUCACACAAACGUCCUUCUCGUGCUGAACGUGCCGUGGAUGAUCCCAUUAGGGAAAUGGAAGGCAUGAUGGUUGAUGAAUAUGGGAGCAAUGCUACAUUUCAGUUGCCUGGUUUUCUACCAUCUCAUGUAUUUGAGGAUAAUGAUGACGAAGAAGAUCAUGAAGAUCUUCCUAGUAUUCCCUGUAAAGAAACAAUUGAUGCGUCACCAGUUGAGUCCACCCUUGGAUCGGCGGAGCAAAGAACAUUUGAAGUUACUCCAAAUGACAGGAGACAUUGCAUCUUAGAGGACGUGGAUGGUGAACUUGAAAUGGAGGAUGUUUCAGGGCCCCCUAGGGAAGAAAAACCCUGGAUCCCUCAUGAUGUUGAAAUGGAAUCACAGGAGCCUGGAUCUGACAUGCUGCAUGUGUCUGUCCCCGCCAAUUCUGACGAGUUCACCUCUCUUUCAGAGGGCUCACCACCAUUGCCACUUGACUCUCCCCCUCCACCUCCUCCUUUGCCAUCUUCUCCUCCUCCGCUUCCUCCGCUGCCGCCACCACCGCCGUUAUCCCCCUCUCCGCCACCGCCACCACCUCCAUCUCAGCCAUCUCUCCCGCCACAGUUACCUCUUCCUCCAGCACCUCCCUUGGGGCCUCCUCCCAUAAUGGUAACGCAAACACCAAUGCCACCUCACCAUUCACUUCCAUCUCAGUCACUUGUGUCGCUUCAGUCAUCCUUCCAUUCUUCACCACAUUUGGCAUAUCAACCAACUCUUCCUCGUGAAUACUGUGCUCCCCCUACUGGAAACCAGUCAGUGCAAAUGACUGCAAAUAAUCCUCAUGGGCUUCCUCUUGAUGCUUCUGCAAAGGGUGACUUAGCAACCCAGCAAUCACCGUACUUUGCUUCGGCUGGGGGCAGCUGUCAAGAAUCUUCUGGAUUUAAUGUUUCAAGGAGGCCGGAUUAUGGGCAUGGUGAUUCUUAUCUAAAUCCUCAAGCUUCUCAAGUCAAUCAACAGUUUCAACAAGGAAGUAGGCCUUAUGCUCAAAGACCCUUGCAUGCUGUGCCACCUCAAACUGGAGCAACUAAUUAUUCAUAUGCAAACCCUCCCCUUCAGCAACAUCCUCAGCACCCAUACCCUCACCAGUUCGCUUUGCCACCCUCUGAUAGUGGGAGGCGAUUUGGCACUGAUGAACCAUGGAGAAUGAACUCUGGUGAAUUUAAUAGCGAUCAGAAUGGUCCUUGGACAAAUGGAAUAAGAGGUUCUUCAGGAUCGGGUGGAGUUUAUCCUCAAGAAGGUUACUUUCGGCCUCAUUUUGAAAGACCGCCGAUGAAUAAUGUGGGUUUUCAGCUUUCAUCAACAAACAAUCAUUCAGCUGUGCCGCCAGCCCCAGGUCAUGGUCCUAACAUGAUGCAAAGUAGACCAAACGUAUCUGCCCUUAAUAUGUGGAGACCAGCUUAAGGAACGUGAAGAUAGACUCUCAGAUAACCUGUGUUGCGGGUACUUGAACAAUUUGGACUGCUUCAACCACUCAAAAUGCAGUGUUGAAGGAUGUUGAGACUUGCAGGACGGUGUAUAUUGUAGUCUUUCCUGCGAAAUGUAUCCUGGGAAAAUCCGUGUAUAGGCCCAUGUUUUUUGGUUAGUAUAUCUUGUUCUCAAUACUUGUAAUUAUGCAGGUAAAUUGUACAAGAAACAAUUUUUGAAAUGAAAAAGAAUAGUUGGCAA